CAUCAUUUACGCAGUGAGUUUGCGUGUUUAUUUCAGCUGUAGGCAGUUGGAAACUGAUUCGCUUUUUAAAAAACUCUUUUAUUUUACUCCACGUGUUUUAAAGCUUGUUAUUUCCGUUACACGUCAUUGGCGGGAAAGUGUUCCGUUCUCUCAGGAUGGUUCUGAUCAAGUUUCCCGCCGUGCUGUGUGUUGUGGCGCUGUUGUGUGAGCGGGUUCGGUUCGGGCUGGGGUGUUCGGGGCUGCUGCUCUGCCGCUCCUGCGGGCACGAGGUGGCGGAAGACACGGACCUGAGGUUCGUGCCCAGCCGCCUGGCACUGUCGCACCGGAACGACACGGUGAUCGGAGGGAAGCGCGUCGCCGUUCAGCUGUUCGAGAAUCCUCAAGGCUUCCAGUUUGAAGUCGUGACUUUUAAGAGAGCAGAUGUGCUGAAGCACUGGCCGGCGGACAGUCACUUCACCUGGUAUCCGGGUCACGCGUGGACCGUCGCCACCUGCCCGCGGUGCAAAACACACCUAGGUUGGGCGUUUCAGCCCAGUGAUUGGCCCAGGACGGUGAACCGAGAAGAGUUCGAAGGUUCGGACCAGACAUUUGUGGCGCUCAUAGUCGACAGACUUCUGCAGGAACACUUUGCAUCCACACUACUGAUGACACCAAAAUCUUUUAGAAGUUGACAAUUAGCCAGACCACAUUUUAAUAAAGAUAUUUUUAUGGGAAUUAUUUUAUAUGACUAGAAUGCCUUGGCUUUGUUUUCGACUUGACCGACAUGAAAUUAAAACAGAAAACAACCUUUA